AUGUCUCUAAGGGCUCAUUUGGGUAAUUUGACGUACCACGAUUUUCGUGAAACAUGUCAACGGGAUCACAAGGGGAAUACACACUUAAAUUGCUGUUAGAUUUAUGUCCGAUGGUUGACUAGAACUGAAGAGUAAUAUGUGAUGUAAGUAAGAAAUCGAGAGCUAGAAAUGGCCGUCCCGAGGGAGAAGAUAGCCAGCCUGGUGAUCCUGGAUUUGGAAUGUACGGGGCUGAGCAGACCAAGAGUGACGGAGCUGUGUCUUCUCUCGGUCCAGAGGGAGGAACUACUGACCCCCGGGGGCCGACCCAGGGUCUGUAAUAAGCUGGUACUGUGUGUCAACCCGGGCAAACUGAUAGAACCAGGGGCAAGCAAAAUCACAGGUUUGUUUAAUGAUGCACUGGAGUCACAGCCAAUGUUUGAUGAGGACACCGUUACCUCAAUAUCGUUGUUCCUAUCCAGACUCCCACAACCAAUAUGCAUGUUAGCUCACAAUGGAAAUAAUUAUGACUUCAAAGUAUUGAAUUCAGAAAUGAACAGAAUUUCAAAAUCAUUGCCAGGGAAUAUUUAUUGUGUAGAUUCUCUAGAGGCGCUUCGAGCCCUUGAUUCAGUGGCUACUGAUGAAUCUUCAAUUACAGCAAGAAAUUCUAGCAAUACAGCAACUUCAACUCCUUCUGGGCAGAAUAUUCCAGAGAUUCCAAAAGACGUUUUUGAUAUCAAGUCACGAGUGAGACAGAUAAAAAGAAAGUGUGACGCAGACUUUGAUCGACCUCCAGUUCAGGCAAAAUCUGUUCGAAAAAGACUCUUUGAUUCAGCUGGAAAAAAAGAUGAGGUAGAGAAUGGAGACCCAUUGGACCUGACCGGUCACAAACCAAUGGGAUCAAGUAUGAAGAUGUCAGCUGAUGUAGUGAGCAAGAGAAACACUUGUGAUGUAGAGUCUGUCAAAAAGCGACUGACUUUUGAUGAAGAUGAUGAUGAGAAUGAAGAUGAUGAGCAUAAUGAUGAUGAGAAAGAAGAUGAAGAUGUUGAGAUGUCAGCCAGUGAAGAAAAUAAGAACCAGUGUCAAGAAAACACUGGUAAGUCAGAUGGUACCAUUCCCAACUCACAGGGCAGUCUGCCAGAUGUAGACUUCCUACAGGCAGUAGAACACCUGGAGCACUCAGCAUCAAACUCGACAAGAGGUUCAGAAACAAAGACACUCUGUGUCACUCCUCAAAGUACCGCUACAGUUCUGGGAUGUUUUACUCCUAAAGAACAGACUGUGAAUGUUUUAUCUAAUUGUGAGGGUUUGUGUACCCCAGAAACCCCUUCCACUAGUGGUCAAAACAUGAACUCUGCUAAUAUGGUCAGUCCAGUAAGAGAUCUCUUGGGAAAAUCUCGGAAUGAUGAAUGUGUUUCCUUACAAGCAAGCCCUCUCCAGAGAGGACAGUCUCCACCCUCAGAAAAAUGCCUCACCCCCAUGACGGGACUUGUCCGCUCCACGGCGGCCUUUCAGCUGGGCACACCAGUAAAGGACCUUAAUAAGAAUUCAUACUGUCAGUCACAGAAGGAAGUGGUCCCUAAUGGAAUGGCGUGUCGCUCACUCUUUAGGCAGAUGGCUGACAUAGCAUCUGCUGGACUCAGACCAAGUGCUCCUCCAUUGUCGCUCUACUCAAACAGAAUUUCUUAUAAACUCGGAGAGGUGUACGGGAGAACAUUUGGACGGGAGCCAGACGACCUUCACAGCGCUGAGUCAGACUGUGUCACUCUGAUGAGGGUGGUCAAGCAUCGGUCCCCAGACUUUAUCCAGUGGGUUGAUGAACAUGCUGUUUUAUUGUCCUCUACAGGGCUUUAUUAAAGAAACAAACAUUUUUAUAUAAAUGAAGUAUGUUUUACUUCAGCCUAUGAAUCCUUUACAAUUCAGUCACUUUUUACCAAGUUUGACAUCAUGUUUAUAAUGCUGUAUUGUUUUUAGGAAUUUAUAUUUUUACAUUAUUUCUUUUUAGCCUAGACUUUUAAAUUUUUCAUGUAGAAUUUUUUGAUAACUUUAACAAGUACAUGUAAAUCAAUACGCUGGUAUCAUUUUACCUAAGUACACAAAAUUAUAUAAUUUAAUGGUUACUACACUUUCCGCUGUUGAUUAUAACUGUUCUUUAAACAAAACAGUUACUUCUAAAACAACAGUUAUCUGUGACAUUUACUUCUAAGAUGACAACUAUAGUAUAUUGAUGUAGGAUAGGCGAUUAAACCAGUAGUUGAAUUAAGUAGGAUUUAAAGAGAUGUAGACUAGAAUCACAGUAGAAUAGUCACAAAGCGUCACAAGCAUCUUAAUAAUUCUGACUACCUAAACAGUAGAAUAGUCACAAAGCAUCACAAGCACCAUAAUAAUUCUGACUACCUAAACAUUAUCUGACAUGUAUGCCUUCAGUGAAGUUCAACAAAUUCAGAACAGGUUACAAAUUUUGGAAGACUACUGUGUAAACAUUUUUUGAGUAUCAGGGUUUCAUAAAAUAUGAAAUUCAGAGAAAAAUUGACCUCCAGUUUAUAAAACUCCUAAUGUUACAGCAGGGACGUGUAAGUUAGUGCUUCCCUACACUACAAACUACUGUGGUAAGAUGAGACAUGUACACAUUGUGAUGGGGCAUUAAGUAGAUAUUCAAUCAAGUCUCAGAUAUGACAUAUAUAUAUAUAAUUGAGAUCUGGAAUUGUUUUAGGUGUGUUUGUUGAUUUUGUUGUUAAGUUUGUGAAACCUGUGCACUUUUUUUACCUCAACUUUCACAAAGAUUUAUAAAUGACUUUUUAUGGAUUUUUUUUAAAUGAUUGUAGUAUUUUUAGUGUUUUUGAAAGAUGCAUGAAUUUGUUACACCUUGUAGACAACGAUGUUGAUAUUUAUUAGACUGUUACAGGGACCAAUACUGAGACCACAUGUUGUUGAAGAUAAAUAGUUAACUGUAAAA